UCUAGAUCUACAUCUAGAUCUAGAUCUACUAUUUACAAAAAUCGUGUUUUAAAAUGGCUGCCCCCAUUUGUUUACAACGUCGAGGAUUUCGUUUAUCCUAAAGAAGAAAAAAUUCUGCAUAUUUUGACAUGGGUUGAAUUAAUUUUUUCAAAUGUAGUAGAAAGAAUAAUAGAUUCUGGAAAUCAUGACUGCUCUUUUUCGAAGAAAAUAUAAAACUUUAGGCCUGCUGGCUGUUGUGGCAAUUUUGUUCUAUCUGCUUCAGUGCUUUACUGUUUCAAAACUAAAUCAGUUGUCUAAUAAGAAAUCCAGCAGAUGGACUGAAGAUGAUGUUGUGAAAAAUAUAGGAGUUGGUGUACGAGGUUUUCAUUUAGGCAAUGAACAAGAAAUCGAGGACAAUUAUAUUGAUGUUUAUAAAGGUCGCAAUAGAGUUGUAGAUGUUGAUACCAAAUUCCAGAUGGGACUUCAAAGUGAUACCUUUGAUUUACAAAAAGCUAAAUCAAAAGAUGCUGCUGCACAUAAAGAUAAGCAGUUAAAAAAUGACUUGAACAAUGUUGCUUUAAAAGUUCUGGAUAAUAGCAAAGACAAGCAAAUUACAAAUUUAACAAACAAUAGAAAAGAAAAAUACCAGCCAAACAUUCUUCAACAUAGGGAACAAAAUCACCCACAUUCAAAUGAAACAAAGUAUUCCUUAGUGAAACAGUUCAAUCCUGAUGUGCUAGGAGUGCAUGCUUCAGAGCAGCAUCUUUAUAAACCUGAUAGCAAUAAAUUGUUUACAUGUCUUACCUUACCACAAAUGAAGAUUCCAUUUGAGCAAGUGAAUGAUGAUUUUUGUGACUGUCCUGACUCAAGUGAUGAGCCAGGAACAUCUGCCUGUCAGUAUGGGAGAUUUUACUGCACAAGGCAGCUUGAUGGCUCUACACAUCAGUAUAUUGGAUCAAGUAAAGUAAAUGAUGGCAUUUGUGAUUGCUGUGAUGGGAGUGAUGAAUGGAGCGGGGCCGUAGUACCAGAUUUUAUGAAAAUAAAUGAAGGAGAACCACUUGGCUCUGUGUAUCAUGCCCCCUGUUCUGACAGAUGUGAAGAAAUUAUUGCUGUACGAAAUAAUGAAGCUGUUGUUAGGGCUAGAGGAAAGAUAAUGCAGCAAAAAUAUUUGGAGAAAGCCUCUAACGAACUAAUUGAGAAGGAUAGAAAAAUGUUUGGUCCUGGUGGAGUUUUUUAUCCACUUAGCAAACAGUGCUUCCAGCUGAAAGAAGGUUCCUAUGAGUAUGAUGUUUGUCCUUUUGUUAAAGUGAGCCAGCAGUCACCUCCCCAUUCACCUGUCAUCUUAGGACGUACAUCCACCUUGCUGCUGGACAAAGGUCAACAUGUUUUAAUCAUGGAUCAAGGGGAUAAUUCUCUCUGUCCAUUUGGUAGAGGGCGAAAAUCAAAGAUUUAUUUACUUUGCGGUUUAGAGGAAAAACUUUUACGAGUGAGUGAGUCAGAGUUGUGUGAAUACAUGUUUACCAUGAGCACCCCAGCUGCCUGUUAACUCAAGUUGCUGCGUAUGAUGAUUGGGUUCAAUGUGAGGAUGUGAUGAUUGGGUUCAAUGUGAGGAUGUGAUGAUUGGGUUCAAUGUGAGGAUGUGAUGAUUGUAUGACUUUGAAGCUUCCUGUAGCAUGUUUGUAAUUGACUUCAUUUCUAUUUUAAUAUAAAUACAGUAAUCAAAUACAAUGUGAUGAAUAUUAUAGAUACAAUUUUAAAUGCAGUAUAUUCUUUAGAUAUGAUAUGCUAAUUGAAUGCAAUUUACUUUUACCUUGGUGAUUUUUUCACUUUUGAUCUUUGAGUAGAAAUUUCUAUUAGUUUCUGUGAAUCUUUACUUUUCCUUAUAAUAUAAAAUGUUAAUUUUACAAUUCCUUAUUUAAGGACAAAUAUUUAUUUCUGAAGAAUUGUACCCCACAACAGUUUAAAUUGCAUUUGAUAUGUUCAAAUAUGUUAGAUAAAUCAUUGGGUAUUUUUUUAAACCACAUCCUUAAACCAGUUUCAGAAAUUUCAGAGACUAAAGUUAAAAUUUUCUGAUUCAGGAUGUCUAGUUUACACAAAAUAGUUUCAAAUAACAAUCAUGUAUUGUUACAUUUGCAAUUUUUUCUGUUGUCAUUUCAAAGGUUGUGGAAUUAUUAUGCAUGUAAAUAGUUAACUAACACAUUUUAUGAAUAAGAUUUUUGACAUUAAGAAUAGAAACACCUCAGUCCGUUUAAACUUCAUUUAAAUAUCAUAUCGUACUUGGAUGCAUUUUAUUUGUAGAGGUAUUAUUUAAAUUUAAUUAUAAAUUUUUUUUUUACCUCAUUACAAGACUAUUUUUCAGGUAAUUUGUGGGCGCGGGUUUUAUAUUUUAUUUAUUUCGUUCAUAUUUACAUUCACAAGGCCUGGAUAGAUAUUUUUAAUAUGUACAUCUUAAUACUGUGUAAAAGUACAUAUCUUUUUUCCACUGGAAAAGUAUGUAGCCCAAUAAUUGAUUUAUUUUUUAACUACCAUUUUGAACAGCAAGAGAACAGGAUUUUAAUAUACAUCUGUUGUUCUGCUUGUAAUGCUAAUUUUUUGAUGCACUGAUUUCUUGUGGUUGUCAAUAUGUGAGCAUCUGUUAUUUCUAUUUGUAAUGUUGGUUGUUUAUAUGCACUGAUUUCUUGUGUUGGAGUCUUAGAGCCUCUUAGUGGCAGUGACCUUACUAGUGCUGGAGUUUGUAGAUUGUUAUAUAUUUAGAUCCAGUCACCUAUUGCUUCCAAAUUGUCUGACAUGUUUGACUUUUAUAUUUAUAUCAUUGUAUAGUUUAGUAUAAGUGCUAAACAGUUUGAUGCUACAUUCCAUUUUAAACAUGUCAAGUUUUUUGUUUUAUUUGGAUCUAACAGAACUAGGAUGAGAGAACAUUUUUUUCCUUUUAGUUUUUUAAAGCAAAGAAAGGAUAGGGCUGUGCUAUGGGCUUGUUAGCCAAUGGUGGUUUCUGUUUUCUGUUGGUAAAAAAAUGUUUCCUACACAAUCUG